AUAAAUGUGAACAAUGGCCCCUAUAUAAGAAAACGAUCAAGGACUUAUAAAGCAUACAUUUCAAAGUUGAGCUUCAAUUAUUAAAAAGAAACAAAAGAGCAAGCACCAUGGCAAUCAAAUAUCAUGUUCGUUCAAUUAGUUUGCCAUCUAGAUCUCAUCCUAGCACAAUUAGAGUAGAUGAGGAAUUAAACAAGCUCAAGACAUGGGAAGGAACAUCUACAUCAUGCUCCAUUCAUAUUGGUCUUUCCUUAAUCGAUGAAUUAUAUAUUUCAUUGGAUGAUCUUCUCAACAUGGCAUCAACCCAACAAGUGAUUUCUCACCAUAGAGGUGAGAAAUGCAUUGAAGAGGUGUUGGAUAGUUCAAUGAGAAUUUUGGAUAUUUGUGGCAUCACUAGGGAUACAAUUCUUCAAAUCAAGGAAAAUGUUCAAGCCCUUCACUCUUGUCUAAGGAGAAGAAAAGGUGAUUCAAGUGUUGAAAUAAGUGUGACACAAUACAAAUUCUUCACAAAAAAGAUGAAAAAAAAUGUUAACAAGUUGAUCACAUCUUUGAAGCAAAUGGAUAGUAAAUUUGGCAUGUCUUCAAUUUUGGAACUUGAUCAACACCUUUAUUCUUUGAUUAGAGUGUUUAAAGAAGUCAUAGCAAUGAAUUUGUCUAUUUUUCAAAUCAUUUUGUCAUUCUUGACUAUGUCUUCAUCAAAGUCAAAGACAACCAAGUGGAAAUUUGUUGCUAAAAUGAUGCACAAAGGAGUCAUAACAUGUGAAGAUAACUCGGAUAAUGUCAAUGAGUUUUUGUGUGUUGAAGCUACCUUAAGCACUCUUUUAAGUGAAGGUACUAAUGGAGAAAACAUGCAGGCUGCACAUGAAAGAUUGGAGGCUUUGGAGAAAGUAAUUGAAAGUAUUGAGAAUGGUUUGGAAAACUUAUUUAGGCGCUUGAUUAAAUCUAGAACUUCCCUCUUGAAUAUAAUUUCUCAAUAGGACAUUUUCAGUGGCAAUUUUUUUUUUUCUAAAUCCUGCAAGCUAUCCAUGUUUUAGUCGGAAUCUGCUUGAGGAUUGAAUAUUUUUAGCUUAGUGAAAAAUUCAUUUGUAAUACAAUGAAAUGCAAAGAAAAUUUGUAUUCUCUUUAA